AUGGGCGUUCAGCAGCAGAACAUCCGCGUCCAAAUCUCGGAGAAGAUCAUCGAAGGGGUGGCAGGGGCGCUGCCAGGGAAGCUGGAGGAGCAGCUCAAUGCCAAGGUGAAGCAGUUCGACGAGGACGUGUUCGAGGCCGUCCAGCGCAUGGGGCCUGCGGGGCGCUGCUGCGAAUCUGGGUCCAGCGCCCCUGGCUCAUUCUUCUGGACCUCGAUUUCGGCGGAGCACCUCAAGAGCGGCAAGAGCUGCCCGUACGUGGGGCUGUCGCAGGGCCCGGCGCUGGGCCCGUGCGUCUACAGCAGGUUCGUGGGCCCCGUGCGGGGCCCUCCCGCGGGGGUCGUGCAGACCCAGGGCACCGGGCCGGCCAAGUGCCAGGAGACCAGCACGGCCGUCGGCGCCGUCUGCGCCUGA